AUGGACGAGUUCGGUGUUCUAACGGAGCGUUACGGGAUAAAGCCCCAAGGAAAAUCCGCUCCCAUGGCUGCCUCCAAGCGUAACAACAAUCCUCAGAAGAAUCAUCUCGGUGGUGUUAAUCCCAAACCGACGUCGUAUUCCUCCGAUAAGGUAUCUGGUAACGGAGGCGACGAUGUGUUCUUCACGUCGAGAUCUACUGAUAGAAACGGAGCGAGUUCUAGUGGAUUUGACGGUUUUGAUGACGUCUUUGGUGGAUUGAACAAGGCUAAUAGUAAUAGCAAGUCUUUAAAGGAAGACGAUGAUUUGAUGUUUUCGACCAAUUUUGGGAGUAGGUCGGGGAUGAAGAGUUCAUCCCAGGGCUUUGAUGAUGUUGAUGUGUUUGGUGCUAAAGGCUCCGUUGGUGUUAGCAGCAGCGAUGAUAUAUUUGGGUCGUUCUCUUCGUCUACGAAGCAAGUUGCUGGAGUUGAUGAUUUGUUAGGUGAUAUGGGUGGAUUUGGUCUUAGUUCAGGGAAGAAUGGUUUUGAUGAAUUGAUACCUGGUUUUGGUGGCAGUUCUCACACCACUACCAGCAAGACUACCGCAUCAUCGACCUUUGCUGAUGCUGACCCUUUUGUGGUUCUAGAAUCAACAACUACCUCUGCUUCUUCACAUUCUUCUUCGGGUCUGUUCGUGGAUCCACUUGAUGAGUUCGCUGCUUCCGUCAGUUCUCAGGGGCAAAAACCAUCACAGGCUUCUUCUACAAAACUCAAGCCUCCUCCUAAACCAACGCAGAAAGUGGACGGAGGAGUUAGGAGUUCUGGAUUGGCUUCAAUAGACGAGCUUGAAGACUUUGCCAUGGGUACUAUGCGACGUAGUGCCUCCGCCUCUGACACUGCUAGUAAAUACAGAGAAGCCGAAGAUGCUGAAACAAAGCAAAAACAGUUUGGUGCGGAUGAUCUUGACUUCUUUUUCAGCUCUGGGCAUCGGUCCAGCAGUGUACCAAAAUCACGGACGAAAACUGAAGCAACUCGCAAGCAAGCAGUCAAUGUGCCCAAAAAGACGACUAAUGGGGUUUCUAGUGCAAAGAAGCCUCCUGCUCCAGCAAAUCUUGUGGAUGAUUUUUCUGCACUUUUUGGAGAGGAUCCUAUAUUUAGAGAAUUUGAGGAAAUCCCAGGAGAAAGCGAAGAACGAAGAAAGGCCAGAUGGGAUCGUGAACAGAGAACAAAGAGCCGUGUGGCACAAGCUGUAGCUGAUAUGAAUAGCCGUGAUCAUCAAUCUCGGAUUGAACAAGAACAGAGAACCAGGAUUUCUGAGAGUGUUGAUACUGAGAUAAGGCGUUGGGCAACUGGGAAAGAAGGAAACAUGCGUGCCCUGUUAUCUUCCUUGCAAAUCGUUAGUUUUAAAGAUUUUUUUUUAAAAAGAAAACUGUAUAUAAAUGUUCUAUUACAUGUCCAUCUGAUCCUCCUAAGUUCACUGAGUUCUGGUUCUGUUUUGAACGAUGACAGGUACUCUGGCCUGGAUGUGGUUGGGAGGCUGUUUCUCUGACAGAUUUGAUCACUUCUUCAGCAGUCAAGAAAGUCUAUAGAAAGGCAACGUUAUAUGUACAUCCCGAUAAAGUUCAGCAGAAAGGAGCCACCCUCGAACAAAAGUAUAUCGCCGAAAAGGUUUUUGACAUUUUGAAGGAAGCUUGGAACAAAUUCAACAAAGAGGAACUCUCUUAAGCCCAAGACUUUCGUUUCAGAGGUCUGAGAAGAGUAUGCUUCCGGUAGAGCUUGACACAAGAGAGUGGCAACGUCUUAGCAAUGGUUUGAUUAAAGAGGUAGCGGACACUUGAAGAGACUUGGUACCUGUUUUGUUUUGUUUAUGUGUGCUCAUCUCUACACGUAAUUAGUGUGUGAGUUUCGUAGAGUCUUGUCAUGUUUUUCUUAUCUCAUUUUUCCUUCAGCAGUAGCUACCUUUGCAUCUUUAUAUACACCCACAAAAAACACAUGGGGGGAUAUUUGUAUAGCCCCAGAGAAAACAAUAAGAGUUUAUAUAUCGAAUGUUCUUAUUAUAGCUGUAGCGUAAAGAUGUCUCAUCGAUGUUUGAUUUCAUUCCCAUACAAUAACAAAU